CUAACCGAGGUGACAUUUAUCUUUUUUUCUCUAAUUUGGAAUAAAUGAAAAACGUCAAAUUCGGGAUAUUUGCAUAAACCAGCAAUGCCCUGUGUACAAACCCAGUAUGCAUCCCUGCCCCAUGACAACUACUUCAGCUCUGAGUUCUUGAAUCCUGACCUCAGUGCUACACUGGUGAUGGACUUCAGUGGCCAAAAGGACCAGCUGUCCACAUCUUCAUUGCCCAGCAUCAACACUUUGGUUGGAAAUGGCUAUGUCGGGGAGUUUGAUGCAUAUUCCUGUAAGAUUACCACCUCUCCUCCUGCCUCUACGGUUUCAUUCAGCCACACAGGAGUAGCUGAAAGCACCAGCUCUCAGAUGCACAGCCAGGCCUUCAAGCUGGAUGAUCUCCAGGUGUAUGGCUGCUACCCAGGAUCCUUUGCACUCAACUGCCUUGACGAAACGCUGUCGUCAUGCAGCUCUGACUACUAUGGCAGCCCAGUCUAUGCCACUGCUUCUCCUCCAACACCAAGCUUUCAGACAGAGUCUGCACCUGUCUGGGAUUCCCCUUUCAGCCCCUACCCCUCAGCCCCCCUGACCUCUGUGGCUGACAAGGCUGCCAUAGCUCAGCAGCUUUCCUUUUUCACCUUCAGCUCUGCACCAGAACAACACUCCCCCAUGGGGCAGCAGCACCAGGAUGCUCAGCCAAGCCAGGAAGACCACUUCUUCCUGUCUCCUCAGCAGCAUGUUUCCCCACUUCACUGCCCCCCAGUUUCUCUGGAGCAUAGACUUCUAGAAAGCCCCAAGACAGCGGAGGGUGCCAUGAUGUCUCCUAAAACGCAAAACCCAGGAUCCAACGAGAGUCGCUGUGCAGUUUGUGGUGAUAACGCUUCCUGCCAGCACUAUGGAGUCCGCACCUGUGAGGGAUGCAAAGGUUUUUUCAAGCGAACUGUCCAGAAAAAUGCAAAGUAUGUGUGCCUUGCCAAUAAAGACUGUCCAGUAGACAAGAGGAGGAGAAACCGAUGCCAGUUCUGUCGUUUCCAGAAAUGUCUUGCAGUGGGAAUGGUCAAAGAAGUUGUUCGUACGGACAGCCUUAAAGGUCGCAGAGGUCGCCUGCCCUCCAAGCCCAAGAUCCCAGUUGAGGCUUCAUCCACGACCCCCAGUGUCAACAUCAUAGCUUCGCUUGUCAGGGCUCAUCUAGACUCAAGCCCAACCAUCGGAAAGCUUGACUAUUCCAAGUACCAGGAGACAGCAGACAGCUCGAAAGAGAAGGAGGAUGCUGGUGAUAUCCAGCAGUUCUAUGAUUUACUGACUGGUUCCUUGGAUGUGAUAAGGAAAUGGGCUCAAGCCAUCCCAGGAUUCACGGACUUCUGCACAGAAGACCAGGAGCUGCUCCUCGAAUCUGCUUUUGUUGAACUCUUUAUCCUCCGCCUGGCUUACAGGUCAGAUCCAGAAAAGAAUGAGCUGAUCUUCUGCGAUGGCGUGGUGCUCCACCGACUACAGUGCGCUCGCAGUUUCGGUGACUGGAUCGACUCCAUAAUGGAUUUCUCGCACAGCCUUCGCCGCUUGAACUUAGACGUCUACUUGUUUUCCUGCCUCGCAGCCCUCGUCAUCAUCACCGAUCGUCACGGCCUCAAAGAGCCCAAGCGGGUCGAGGACUUUCAAAGUCACCUCAUCGCUUGUCUAAGGGAACACGUGAGUGGAAAUGGAUCAGAACUGAGCCGGACGCAACCCAACUAUCAGUCUCGCCUUCUGGGCAAACUGCCUGAACUGAGGACUCUGUGCACACAAGGCCUGCAGCGCAUCUUCUACCUGAAACUGGAGGACCUGGUGCCUCCUCCUCCGAUAGUGGAGAAAAUCUUUAUGGAUACGCUGCCGUUUUAAAAUGAACAAAAGAGUUCAAAAGCACCAAACGUGAGGUUUUUCACUCCACUCUACUAAACCUCCUUCUAGCAUACGGAGGUGUGCUAGCAUAGUUAAAGAGACCAUUAUUUUUUUAUCUUUAAGUGCUAUUAAAUAUAGUACCUGUGUGAAUGCUGUAAAAGAUUGAUAUUUCAUGACACUGUUUAUAUAUAUUUCGUGUGCAUUGGUAAAGGUGACUUUUUUGCAGUGCUAUUUGUGAAUGUUGUCCUGCUAUGCAGCCUAUAACACAUGGAUAUCAUGGUAGAUGCCAUGCAGUGUUAAAUACUCAGAAACACACUAAUUUUUUUAAAGCAUGUUUUCAGAAUUGCUUGAUUGGCCCACUCAGAGGCCGAGAUUGGAGAUGACAGGCAGCUGUGAAAGAGUCCCACUUUUCCACAAUAAAAUACUUACUUAUAUCUUUCUAUGGAAACUAUAGCCGCAGUACUAAACAUGCUCAUGUGGAAGGUCUUGGACCAAAGUUUACCAAAGUUUUUAUUUUGAUACUACCAGUUAAAAACCUAAUUGCCUUAAGCUGAAGAAAAAAAUCUGCCAUAUCACUUCGCCUGUCACUUUUCAGCACCUUUUAAAGGCUGAUUCAGGCGGCUCUCCUGUUAAACUGCAUACACCUGUGACGACAGGCUUCUCGGGCUUUAUGUAAGAAUGAAAAUUGACUUGCUAAGUGAAAAUACAAAGUGCCUUUUCAUAAAACCUCACUCCAUCAACCACACUAAGUGAACCUUUAUUCCAAACAUCACAUAUAGCAAGGCCCUUUUAUCACAGGCAUGAGUCACUCUCAGAAUUCAAGUGUUAGUGUUGCUAGUGUUAAUGCAGUAUGUCAAAGAGUGUCCAGUACGUCACACUGUUUAAACUGGAAGGUUAGUUGUGACAGGCUGUUUAAGACAUGUAAAAUUAAAUUGUUCUGUUACAGAGGCACUGAACGUUAGAACCACGGUGGCGCCGUCCAGAUCGAGUCUUGUAUGAUUUGUAUAAAUUAAUGCCAGAAAAUUCAAAUUCGCAGGCAGACAUAUUUCUUGUCUUAGGCAUCAGAUACAUUACAUGUUGUGGACCUCAAUUCUGUGACUGUAAAUCUCUCCACCUGUCUUCCAUAUUUUUCAGAAUUGUGCAGUUUUGUUUUGGUUGUUUUUUUAUAUACAUGUUGGAUUUAUAUUUUGAUUUCAAAAUGACCGAAAGAAAAUUCUUAAGGAAUCACGGUGAAACGUGAUGACGUGAGCAGCUACGAGCACUUGAGUGUUCAAAUGGUAUGAAAAGUACUUCUUCUGUAUGAGUUUGUGUGCGUGCAAAAUAAUGCCAGGCCUUUUGUAAAAUGGUGCAAAAAAAAAAAAAAAAAUUAAAAGGCAGCGAAUACUUGA